AUGGAGAUGGUGUUUGGUAUGGCAGCUGUUUCUUUUGCUGUUGUUUUCAUGGUGUACCUAUGGACAGUUGUGAACUGGGCAUGGUUUAGGCCAAGAAAAUUAGAGAAGUGCCUCAGACAGCAGGGCCUAAAGGGGAACAAAUAUAAUUUCGUCUUUGGGGACCUCAAACAGCUAUCCAAGAGCAACAAAGAAGCUAUGUCCAAGCCAAUGAAUCUCUCAUCAGAUGACAUAUCCCCAAGAGUCAUUCCUUUCUAUGUUGAUGCCAUCCAAAGAAAUGGUGAGAAUUCGUUUGUAUGGCAUGGGACAAACCCAAUGGUACUCAUCAAGGAACCUGAACUCAUAAAGGAAGUCUUAACUAAGUACACUGUGUAUCAUAAGCCUACUUACAAUCCGCUGACCAAACUGCUAGUCCAAGGAGUUGCAACUUACGAAGAAGAAAAAUGGUCCAAACAUAGAAGAAUCAUCAAUCCUGCUUUUCAUAUGGAGAAGUUAAAGCAUAUGGUACCAGCUUUCUACAUGAGCUGUAUUGAAAUGUUGGGCGAAUGGGAGAAGAAAGUGGGUGAGCAAGGUUUAGCCGAGGUGGAUGUGUGGCCUCACCUUCAACACCUGAGCGGUGAUGCAAUUUCAAGAACUGCAUUCGGAAGUAACUAUGAAGAAGGAAGAAAGAUAUUUGAACUCCAAAAGGAGCAAAUCCAGCAUAGGGUACAAGUUUUGGAGUCUAUAUAUAUACCAGGAUUGAGGUUCUUACCAACUAGGAAGAACAGAAGAAUGAAGGAAAUUGUGAAGCAGGUUCAUGCAUCAAUUAGGUGUAUAAUUGACAAGAGAGUGAAGGCAAUGAAAGCAGGGGAAGGUAGUAAGGAUGAUCUAUUGGGCAUAUUAUUGGAAUCAAAUUUUAAAGAAAUUGAAAAACAUGGAAAUAGUGAUUUUGGAAUGACCACGGGAGAAGUGAUUGAAGAGUGCAAGUUGUUUUAUUUUGCUGGUCAAGAGACCACCUCUGUGUUGCUUGUUUGGACUAUAAUCUUGUUGAGUAGGCAUCAAGAAUGGCAAACAAGAGCUAGAGAAGAGGUUUUUCGACUAUUCGGUAAAGAUAAACCAGAUAUCAACGGAUUAAAUCAUAUGAAAAUUGUGACAAUGAUUCUAAAUGAAUCUUUCAGACUAUACCCACCUUCGAUAUCAAUGACUCGACAGACAAAACAUGAAACUAGGCUAGGAGACCUAAUGCUUCCCCCGGAGGUUCUAAUCUUAAUGCCAAUGAUGUUAAUUCAUCACGAUGAAAAGAUAUGGGGCGAGGAUGCAAAAGAGUUCAAACCGGAGAGAUUCAGUGAAGGAGUGUCAAGGGCAACUGAAGGACAACUAACUUUCUUUCCCUUUGGUGGAGGACCUCGAAUAUGUGUUGGGCUAAACUUCGCAAUGAUCGAAGCAAAACUGGUAAUGGCCAUGAUUUUACAGCGUUACUCUUUUGAGCUCUCCCCUUCGUACACACAUGCCCCCACCGCCGUUAUAACUGUGCAACCUCAAUAUGGAGCUCCGCUUCUGUUGCACAAACUGUAA